AUGUCGGUGAACGAUAAAGCCCCCUCUAUGGAUAUACCACCCUCACGACGCGCCAACCAACUUUCUCUAGCGGACCUCGACAACUUGAAUCUCAGACUAAAGCGCCUCUCGGAAAACGUCUUGCCUCACCACCCCUAUCUCCUCACUCUGCCAACCAAGUCACCUUUUCGUCCAUCACAAGGGGUUUCAAGCAAUUGGGCCGUAGGUCAUGAUCGACCGUUCAACUUCGGUGAAGAAGAACUUCAGUACAUGACCUUCUUGACCCAUCACGACACAGACUCGCUACUGAAGGCUGUUGGAGACUGGUCCGACGAGUCAGGGCACAGGAUGGCCGACCGGUCCACGGUACCGAUCACGACUGAGCCCCCGAAAGAGAGCGUCGCGAAGAGGAAGAUUAGCUUGAACGAUUACAAGAACCAACAAAGCACUGGACCUCAUCCGAUUGUUCAUGAUCAGAAAGUACGAGCCGACCGUCACUUACCAACGCGCGAGGCUUCACAUCAACUGCCAAAACACAGCACUGUCAACAAGAAGGCCGACAACAAAGCAGAACCACCACCACCACCACCACCUAUUCGUGCUUCCAAACCAAACUUGCAUCUUUCGCCUGAUAAAGGGCCCAAGAAACGACCCUCGACAUCCGAUCUCGAGUCACUCCACUCCGCAUCAAACAAAGGCCAGGAUAUGCACUCCUCGAAGAAACGUCGACUUUCUCCGGAGAGGGAAUUCCGCAAAGAACCAUCUCCGACCAAAUUGAACUCUCCAAAGCUCCCUGCGCUCCUUUCUCCUACCCUUCCUCCGACGAAUCCAGGUCCUCGACUGCCUCGACUACUAUCUCCUACUCUCCCACCGGAUAUCGAGAAAGAGCUGGCCAGACUUGGAGAUCGUUCCCCUAUCCGACAGUCCUCCAACGACAGUACGUCAUCUAAACAGAAGCGGGAGGAAACAACCCAUACCAAGGCACCGGUUUCAGUGAACGGCGGUGGUGCCUCCAGAGAGACCACUCAUGAGCUCAUUGUCAGACUGCGAUAUGGAAGGACCAACAGAAAGCGGGUUGAAGGAUUGCUGAAAUUCGCCGGUAAAAAGAAGCCGCAUCGAGCUGAAUCUCCCGUUGGUCAUGAGACAGAUCAUGAUGGAGGAUCAAUACAGGCUGAAAGAAGGCGGAGAGAAAUGGCUCUGUCGCGCGGAAAUGAAUCAUCUGAUCGAGCCAGACCAAAGCCCAAACAAGAUGACGGUCCAUCCAUCCCAUCAAGUGGUCGAUCAAAAGAAACGAAAGCCUCCUCAGAAAGACCACCUCCACCCCGCGCUCCCCCACCGAGCAGCGACAAAACGAAGCAUACAUCUUUGACACCAGUGAAAGACUCCAAAGCUUCUCUUCCACGACGAACUGAUCUUGGAGAAGGCGAGGGCAGAACACCAGUCAAUCAGACAACGAAGCGCCCAUCUGUCGACUCUGGUAUCAAGGGCUCACCUUCUCAACCAGAUAAUCGUCCACGAAACAUUGACCGUCGAGGCUGGCGCGACGAGUUCCUCAAGUUCAGCAACAUCGGCCGAGAACUGAAACACGCCGCUGUGCGGUACAACUCGAAGACUGAUUCCUCGCCUACGGAUGACAAACUAGCUGCUGUCACAGCUAUCGAAGCUAUCAUGGCUUUCAUUCUUGCCUUUGUAGCUGACGAUCAAAGCAAGCUUCAAACAAGACAAGCGGGAGAUUCCUCAACCUGGCAAUCUAUACUAGCCUACUGGCGCGUCGUCAAGAAGAAUAGUACCGCAUACCCAGCUUUGCACGGCCUAUGCCUUCUUCUCGGUGCAGUUUCUUACGAAGCUAUCCAUUCCCUCGAUCUUGAACGUCUCGCCGUUAGUCCUUUACCAGGAGAACAUACACCAGUGCCAACACCUGGUAGUGAUGGGAACACCGUCCUCUCCGAUGAGAAUAAGAAGAAUCGCAAAGAGUUCUUAGAACUCAAGAAUCGACUCCCGGAGUGCUGGAAAGAGUCCCAGAGAUUCUGGCUUGAAGGUGCAAGAACUCUUCCAGAGGAUAUCUUGCGCAAAGAGUUUCCGAGUACUUGGUCUUCGCGUUCUCAUAAUCAUUCUGAGCGUGGAAGAAGCACACCCAAGCCAGGUGAUUACUCAAAUGAUUAUUUCCUUCCACUGGGAUUUGCUUCUUCACCUAUUGAAGUUGUGAGAUUCGGUUCUUCGCUUCUACAAGAAUGGUGCUCACAUGAGAAAGUGGAAUGGAAGGCUCGUUUAGGUCUUGCAUGA